CAUAAAUAAAUAAUACCAUCAAAAUGUUAUCUUUCAAACAAUUAGGCGAAACUGAAAAAGAUUUUAAAGUCGAUGAAAAAAAAUUUAGAGUUGCCCCAUCAAAUGAAUUAUUAUUAGAAACUGUUAAAAACUUAGAACUCAAAAACCACAGAGUUACCGUUGUCGAGGAUGAAGCCGCUGCUCUCCAAUUAUUAAUUGACGAAAUUCCAAAAGAUUCUGAAGUUAUGGCUGCUAGUUCAUGCACUCUUGAUGAAAUUGGUUUCAAGAAAUACUAUUUCUCUGAUGAUUGUAAAUGGAAAAAUGUUCACAAGAAAAUUUUAGCAAAACCAGCUGCUGAACAAGGUGUUGCCCGUAAAGUAGCUUUAGCCUCCGAUUAUUUCUUAUCAUCAGUUUGUGCCAUUACCAAGAGUGGUAACAUCUAUGUUGCUGAUGCAUCAGGAACAAGAGUUGGUGGUUUCACUGCCUCCACCAAUAUGGUCAUCGUUACUGGUUUCAACAAGAUCGUCGAAACUGAUGAAUUAGCCCUCCAAAGAACUGAACAAUUUUGUUUACCAUGUGAAUCAGUAAGAGCUCGUUAUGCAUACGGGAAUAAAGGCUCUGUCAUUCAAAACUUACUCAGUUGUAAAUUCGGUGCUACUAUGUAUAACAAAUACCACAUUAUUUUAGUUAAAAAAUUAUUAGGUUAUUAGAUAUAUUACAAAUUGUUUAAAUAGUAAAAUAAAUAAAAUAAAAAAUUAAUUAAAAAACUAU